AUGAGAGCGUUAAGAAAACAAAGUCUGAGCGGCUUACGAAAGCGAGCGGCCGAGCAGCGUGCGACAGCGGACGGUCACGCACGCGUGAUAGCUGAACCGUGCUCGCCCGCUGUCUCCUGUCGACAUAAGGCAGUGGCUAGCGCCGCGCGCGCCCACUGUCCCUGCAAACACCAUGAGGGCGUGCAUCCUCCUCGUUCUCGCUGCGUCAGCGGCCGUGGCAUCCGCGGGAGGGGUACCGCCCGACGCCUACCUGUCCAUCUCGAACGACGAGUGCGACCAGUGGCGGCUGGAGUGGCCGUGCCCCGGCCAGUGCUCGCUGGAGAUCCAGCCGGUGUACGCCACGUGCGAGCACGGCCGCCUCGAGGAGUUCAUCAACUGCUGUACGUGGCACCGCGACGUCUGCCAGUUCAAGAGACCGUGCAGGUUCCACUCCAAGGGUCCUCGCGGCGGCGGCGCAGCCCGAGAGCCCUGGACCUGGCACAGUGGAGUGACCACAUACUGACGAUGACGGUUAAGCCUGAAACUACCAAAUAA